AUGUCUCUAGCUAGCUUAGGAAUCUUUUCAACAGAGCAUCAAAUGCUAAUUGACUGGAUCAAUACUUUUCCUCUUCCUGCUUGCCCUUUAGUUGAAACACUCAAUGAUUUACGCUCUGGACAAGUUAUUAGUGAAAUUAUUGCAUAUAUUGAAGGCAAAGACCAUAUGGAAGGUAUUUUAGAAAGCAACGGCUUAGAAUCUGACAUAUGGAACUGGGAAACUAUUUUACGCAAAAUUAAGCUUUGACUGCCUCCAGAAUGACAAUCAGUCCGAGCCCAAGAAAUUUUGGAUGAUCAAGGAGUCCUUUUCAUUAUAAUUAAAGUCAUUUCAGAUAGACUUCGAUCAGGUAACCUUUCUGGGCUUAAAAGUUCUCCUGUAAAACGAGAAAUCACGCUAAAUAUCACCCCUCAGUCAAGAGGAAAACAAAGCAAACAAGGCAAACCUCCUGAGCUAAACGACUUAGUACCAGCAAUUCAGCCAAAAAUUGAUAUUACCCCAACUAAAAGGGUAAUAGAAAAAUCGCCCUUAUCAAGGCGACGGUCUUUAGGGGCUGUUUCGCCUUAUAGAUCAGUGUCUCAUUCUUUGGCAAAUUUAGAAAAAUCAAAUCAAUCCCAAAAAAAAAUAAAAAAAUCAAGAAUUAGAGAAGACGAUAAACAAAAAAUUUUGACGUGGAUUAUCUCUUUGCAGCUUUUGGGGAAAACAGCGACUAUUUAUGAUUUAAUUGACCAAAUGAAAAGUGGGUGUCUUUUAUGUGAUUUAAUUAACAGACUAGAAGGCAGAAAUGAACCUAUUAAAGGUAUUCAAAGAGUCGCAAAAUCAAUUACUUCGCAUUUAUUUAAUAUCAACAAAGGACUAGAAUACUUAAGAAGCCUUCCAAAAAUAAAUUCAGAUCAUUUAUGGGCAGCUGAAGAAAUUCAUGAUGGCUCUGAAGAAGCGAUUUUUGGGAUCUUAAACGACAUAAAGUCACUUUAUUUGCAUAAGCAAAUAGCUAAAAGUAGCAAUGCAUCUCCUCAAGAAAAUCCGCCUAGAAACUUAUCAAGCCCAAAAUUGACUAUAAAAAGAGGAUACAGUAAAUCAAAUCUUGGACAAGUUUCGCCAAAAGAGCAAAGUCUAGUUGUUGAGCAAAUAAAAUCUCCUAAAUUAAUAAAAGUUACUGAUGAAAUGAAAGCAAAAGUAAUUGAAUGGAUAACUGCGCUGGAAUUAGAAAACCACUUAAAGUUUGAUAAAAGGCAGGAUAGGGAUAAUUUUAGAAAUGGGGUGUUAAUAUGUGAACUUUUAAGUGUAAUUAUAAGGAAAAAAAUUAAAUGCAAUUACACUCCAAGAGGUGAAUCAGAAAUCAGAGAAAAUUUCUCAAAAGCUUUAAAAAUAAUUGAAGAACAAAAUGAAAUUCCUAAAUGGAUAGACUAUUAUAGAGAAGAUAUCUGUGUAGGCAAAAAAGACUAUUUAUGGCCUGUAUUUUGAUAUUUAAUGGUAACUUAUAGAAAAAUCCCUCCUCAGCAUUUUGAGACCAAUGACCUUCCAUAUGACACCAUUGCCCUUAAAAAACUUGAUUUAUCAUUAGUAGCCUGGCUUCAAUCGCUCGGCCUUAUUAACAAAAACAUCAGCUCUAUAUUAGAAGUAGCUUCUAAUAUGAGAAAUGGAGUCCUUCUAGCAGAACUUAUAGAGCUUUUAUUCCCUCAUAAAGACAUCGAUAUAAUAAAACACCCAAAAACUGAUCAUGCAGCAUUAGGCAAUAUAAGGAAAAGUCUUCACAUUUUAAGAAAUGAUGCAGAUAUGUCACAAAGACAUACAUGGAAAGAAAAACAAAUAAAUCAAGGCGAUUUAGGCACAAUUUUAGGACUUUUAGAAGAUAUUCAUAGGUUUGCUGAUGGCCUGCCACCAAGAAAAGGAGACAAUUAUUAUUUUGAUGGACCUUAUUUAGGGGUUUUUAAGUUCAGCAACCCAAUAAUUCCUGAGCCACAAAGCUUAAAACAUUAUGGGAUGAAUCGUGGAGAAGGCGAAUUAAAAAUUAUUCUGGCUUUGAAAAGUAAUUUUAUAUAGAAAUUUAGAUGGAUUUUAAAGCAUAUUCUUUUUUUUUGGGUAUAAUAAUACAAAAAAAGUUGAAUUUUUUGACUCACAAAACUCAGGGUUAGAAAAGUGGAUCGAAAGCUUGGGGGUGGCAAGCCCAAAUUUAAACAAAAAUACAAUCAAUGAGUUCAGAAGUGGAGAAAUCUUAUGUGAAAUUAUAGAAAAAUUAGAAAGAAGUCCUCUAAAUGGGCUUCAUUCUAAUCCAAAAACUUCUGCUGCAGCAUUGCAUAAUAUUAGGAAAGCUUUAGAAACUCUUUAUAAGAAGCCGAGUUUUCCCAGCAAAUAUAUGUUUGUAGAUGAAGAUAUAUUGAAAGGUGAUGGGAAUGCUAUAAGAAGCUUGCUUAAAGAUAUCAAGCAAGUUUAUCAUAACCGUAAGACAUGGUGGGGAGAAGGAUUAGAACAUAAAAAAAGUAAUCUUUUUAAAUAA